CCAUUUUCAAUCCUGUGCUUAAACAAAUAAUUACUUGUGAGUUUAUUCAACACAAAGAACAACACCAUGUUGAGAUCCGGUGACUACCACACCCACAUUUCAGAAGUUGAGAGGGAGUCUAGCGUUGAAUACCCCAAUGCUGAUCUUUCCUUCAACAAGAAGGUCGUUUACGAGGAGACAGAGAUUGAGGGAUCCCACCCUCACCGCCACCACCUCUUCCAUAGGCAUCACCACCCAGAGACUCGUGAGAGUGUUAAAGUGGUAGAGUAUGAGCAAGUGCCUGAGAGGCGCGUUGAUGAAGUUGUUGUCUACGAAGAUAAUAGGACAGUGUGGCCUUGAAUUCCAUGCAUGCAUGCAUGCAAAGGUUGAAUUUCUAUUUUGCUAAGCAGAUGCUAUGUACGUAGUAUAUAUAAAAAAUAAAAUAAAAAAAAUCACGUGUGUGUUUCUAUUAAAUAAAUUCCUGCUUAGCUAGCUGUUAUGUCAUAUAUAAAUCAUAUAUAUCGAUAAAGCUAUGUUAUUAUA